UCAGGCUUCAUUCACAAGAAGAGCUGCUGCCGAAACACCGAUCACAUCUUUUACUCCCGUUUGUAAUAAACACAUCUUUUAUGGAUUUAUAAAUGCACAUUUCAAAGGGAACAUUACACGCAUUUUCACGGAUUGUACCACGAACUGGGAAGUGUUAUCCAAGGGAGAUUGGAAUUUAGAAGUUUCCUCCAGCAGGGAACUGGAUUGAUGUCUUAAUGCAACUCUUUUGGAACGAGACUAAGGGCAUCUUGACGAAGACUCCAAGUAAAAAGUUUUACGGUGACAUCCCGUUCUCGCCGGGCACAGUAGGUGUUUCGGCUUCUCUCGGCUCCACUGGGGAGAUGUUUCAGGGGUUCCCCGGAGACCCCGAUACCGGAUCCCGUGGAAGCUCAUCUCCUUCUUUUGAAUCUCAGUACCUGUCGUCCGUGGAAUCCUUCGGGAGCCCGCCCACCACCGGCGCACCGCAAGAGUGUGUUACUGCCACUGGCGGGGUAGGGGUGGGUGGAGGGUCAGCUGGCACCGGGGCAGGGGUGGACAUGCCCAGCUCAUUUGUACCCACAGUGACGGCCAUCACCACCAGCCAAGAUCUGCAGUGGAUGGUGCAGCCCACUCUCAUCUCCUCCAUGGCACCAGGGCAAAGCAGCACAGGCUCCAGCACCAUGACUCAGCCUGUUGCCUUGGAUCCUUAUGACCUGCCAGGCACAAGCUAUUCUACUGGUGGAGGCUUCACCCCACCAAGCUCUGAUACUCCUGGUCCAGUGCGACAGUCACGGAGCCGGCGCCGAACACGAGAUGAAACGCUGACCCCUGAGGAGGAGGAGAAAAGACGAGUAAGACGAGAGAGAAAUAAACUGGCUGCCGCUAAGUGUAGGAACCGCCGGCGUGAGCUCACAGACAGGUUACAGUCGGAGACAGACUUGUUGGAGGAGGAGAAGGCUGAGCUAGAGGCAGAAAUAUCUGAGCUGCAAAAGGAGAAGGAGCGUCUGGAGUUUGUCCUGGUUGCGCACCAGCCUGGCUGCAAAAUCCCCUAUCAGGACCAGCCGCCUGCGCAACUGCAGCAGACAUCCCCACAGACAGCUUCUGUCUCCGUUGUUGGCUUGACUGUGAAGGAGGACUCUUUCUACCUGCCACCCGCCUACUCGUCCCACCACCACCACGUCCCGGUUUCACAGCCCACGCCGACACAGCCGGUCCCAGCACUGCAGCAAGGGAUGAUGCAGGAGGUAGCCUUUUCUAGUUCUUUCUAUGGGCAGGGCCAGCCGGUGCCGGACGGCCCGUGCCUUGUUGCCGACGGUGGUGGUAACCCUGACGCUGGCAGCUACAUCCCCUCAUACACAUCUUCAUUUGUGUUCACCUACCCAGAGGGAGCCUGCGGGGCCAGCGCUAACCAACGAACCAGCAGCAGCGAUCAGUCCUCUGAUUCCCUGAACUCACCCUCGCUUCUUGCACUUUGAGAGCUCUGCAUCUAUUUGCCUCAGCUUCUCUAUCAACAAAAACACAAAUAAGCAUAAACAAAUUCAAACAUUUGAAUUUGCGUUGUUCUGGUGCAGAUGAACUGGGCUCGACAGCCCACGUUCAGCGAGGUUGUAUUAAUCUUUUACAACCUCUUAUAUUAAGGCCCUGAUAUUUUAAAUUAAGAUGCGUUAGCAUCUGAAUGACUUCAUCAGUUGAUGUAAGUGUAUAUUAAUUCACAAUGAAUUCAGGCCUAAUAUCGAGAUGAGUCACUGGCUCAUGCACACAUACCCUCACACACUUAAAUUGUCAUUGGUUUGUGACACAUAACAAUGAAAACACAUUAGCACACUCCCUCUUGCUUCUAACUUUUCUUGCUCCAGCUUACAUUGGUGUACCAUCUCCCUUCUUCUCUCUCUAUCCAUGCCAGUUGCCUGCAGUGUAUUUGUCUAAGCAAAAAAGGCAGCAAUGAACUUCUGUGUCUUUUGUGGGUUUUGUUUUUAUUGGGCCAGAUUGCCUUGCUACACUUCUCUCUUCAUCCAAUUCAUCCACACCUCGUCUGACUUCUAUGACAAAAAGACAUUGCCACAUACUCUCUAGCUACCUAUCUAUCUCUUUAUUCUUCCACCGUUGUCCAUCUCCACACCUGUUUCUCCUCUCUCCUGUCUCUAUGUACCUCUGGUUCUCUCUGAAGUCUUCAGCCCCUGAGAGCCCGUUGGACCCUGAAAGCCCAUGGAACCUUGAGUGAGUGCCAGCCCACCCCAACACCACAAACUCCCCUCGCAUGGACCGGCCUGCUGCACUGCAUAGUGGAACCUCAAAGCCUUUCACAAUGAGCAGACAUUUCAAAACACCUUAACAAACCAGCCACAGCACGCAGAUCAAAUGACAGCACAUGCCAUGGACGGGACUCUUUAUACUUUCUUAGUACUGAGGAUUUGAUUCAAUGAGUGAAGACACAGUGUAGACUUUGGCAUGGCCAGCAAAGGAGCUUCAACAGGCAGGCGCUAAACGAGGCCUUGGAAUCUGAAGGUAUGAGAUGGUUAGAAAUAAGAAUCUCAAUCUGUUGGAUUGAGAGUAUCCAUAUGACCAGCUCAGCAGUAGCGCCACAUGUCAUCUCCUGCUGGUCCUCAUAUUUCUGAGAGCUUUGAUACAAUGUUAUACCCUUUCCCUGUUAUUGAGAGAGUAAGAGGUGCUUUUUUGUAUGUUAAAUUCUGUGUUUCAAUGAUAGUAUUAACUCUGAAAAAAAAGUGGCUUAACUGAUGACUGCAAACAAGGGUGGCUCUCAUUGAUAUAGUGCCACCAUUAGUGUCAAUCAGUGUCUGAUUGAAAAGAAAGAAAAAGAAAGAAAGACCAAAAAAAGACAAGACAACCUCUUGGUUUUGGAUGAGUGGCCUUUGUGCUUCUAAAUGUCCUUGACAUCAUCCUUGAGUUGUGGAUCUGGUUUAGCACAGCUCUAGGUUUUGAUUGUGAAUGGAAGUCACAGAGGACUACAUUUCCAGUUUAUUUCUUUCUUUAAGGGGGUUGUUUAAGUGAAAAAAAGCACAUACACUGGCUACAGACAAAAGGAAGAAGUGGAACAGUGGCCUAAACGCUGGGAUGUGCUGAUGAAUAUGAACCGUUUACUUUCCUGUGAUGUUUUGAUGUUUUGAGUUACUGAUUUUUCAUUAUGCUUUUUCUCUUUUGCUCUUGAUUGUGUUGUUGCUGCCAAAUGGAAAAAACUGUGGGGCCCUUUGCUGCUCCUCUCUGUAAAUGUUGUCUUACUGCAAUUAUCACAGUUAUUGUUAUUAUGGCUAUUAUUAUUAUUUCACAGUUAUCUCAUAUUGGCAACCUAAAAGGCAUGUUGUGCACUAUGAAACUUUUUAUGUUAUAAACUAUAUAUAAACUAUACAUUAUGUUUGCACAUAUAUAUAUAUAUAUAUAUAUAUAUAUAUAUAUAUAUAUAUAUAUAUAUAUAUACAGAUUGUAAUGUAUGAAUGUUCAGAAAAUGUUAUUUUUGUCAAUGAAGAUACAAGGGAGAGCUUGAUGCACUUGGUUCUUGUUUAAACAUAUAUAUAUUUUUCUAAAAGAACAAAAAAAUAUAUUAUAAUAAAUAAUAACAGUCCGCCUUUCCCUGAAUAUGAAAAGCAUUGUCACUGCCUUUCAUACAAACUGUGUAAAAUGUAUGAUGACUGUACUCAACCUGCGGUGCAUAUAGUGAUAUGUAUCACAGGUUUGUGGAUGCUAUCCACUGCUUUUUGCUGUGCUUGAUUUGUCAACAUGAGGUUGGUUCCACAGCCCUUCUUCAUCAACCCCUGUGGACAAAACACACUGGACGCAAAAAUAUCUAUCAAUGCAAAAUAAAUAAAAAUGCUAAAGAAAAAAUA